CCUAAUCCAAAUUAACACUUUCAAGCAAACAAAAACAAUCCACUCUCUCUGUUCUAAUCUCGAUGGCUCGCAUAUCAAAUCUUAUUUUUCUAGCUUGCAUUUUCCUUUUCAAUAUUAUAAACAUUCCAUUCCUCACAAAUGCUAUUUCCUCAUGCAAUGGACCAUGCAACACUCUCAAUGAUUGUGAUGGUCAACUCAUUUGCAUCAACGGCAAAUGCAACGAUGACCCCGACAUUGGGACCCACAUCUGCACCAAUCCCUCACCGUCACCACCAAGUGGCGGUGGUGGCGGCACUUGCCAAUCCUCCGGCACCUUACAGUGCAAAAAAAAAUCAUACCCUCAAUAUAGGUGUUCUCCACCAGUUUCAUCCUCUACACAAGCAUCACUCACGCUCAACGAUUUCAGCGAGGGUGGAGACGGAGGAGGUCCGUCUCAAUGCGAUGAAAAAUACCACGACAACUCGGAAAGAGUGGUGGCUUUGUCCACUGGGUGGUACAACGGAGGUUCAAGAUGUGGAAAAAUGAUUAGAAUCACGGCGAGGAACGGGAGGAGUGUGACGGCGAAAGUGGUGGACCAGUGUGAUUCGGUGAAUGGAUGUGAUAAGGAACACGCAGGUCAGCCACCUUGUCAUAACAAUAUUGUGGAUGGAUCUGUAUCUGUGUGGAAUGCAUUAGGGUUGAAUACAGAUGAUGGUGUAGUACCAGUUACAUGGUCUAUGGCUUAAAAAUUACUCAAGUAUAAUGAACAUGUAAUGGCUAAUCAAUAAGAAUAAGCUUAAGGUGAAAUUAAGCUUGCGUGUGUUGUAUAGACACACCCUCAAUCACCCAUUUAACAUUAGAUUUUACUUGUAUUUUUAA